UUCACUGUGUCGUGCCUCUUCCUACUGCUUUGUAUUGUUCUCUCCAACCAAAAAGCUAUCUACUUUUGGCAUCAUCGACGGCAUGUCAUCACCACAUCCAAAGCGUACCGCUUCACCUGCACCAGGAGGGGAUGCCAAACGACUACGCGUGACGCUCCCCAACCAGCCGCAAGGAGCCACGCAGGUCGACCUCUCCAAUGCACCUGGUAAGAAGACCGAGGCCGAACCGAUCGCAUCAACGGAUAUUUCAAAUCUCCCCAACGUGGCCGAUACAUAUGGGGAAGCAGGGCCGAGCAGUCAAGGAAUUGUUGCCAACCCCUCCUCAGAAGCAGAGCCCGCCGAUGAAGCGGACGUUGCGAUGACGGGCGGUGGAGAGCAAGAAAAUAAAGAUGGUGAUGAGGAUAUGGACGAAGGAGAGGAACCCCAAGAGGAAGAGGAUGCUGCUGCGCUGGAGCAAACGCGUCAAGCACUCGAGGAGCAAGCACGACAGUACCUGGCGGCGCAGACGCAAGAGAUCAUCAUCCCCAGCUACAGUGCUUGGUUCGACAUGUCCAAAAUCAACCCCAUUGAGAGGAAAACGUUCCCCGAGUUCUUCAAUGGUAAGAAUAAAAGCAAGACACCCGCAACGUACAAGGAAUACCGCGACUUCAUGAUCAACACAUUCCGGUUACGUCCGCAGGAGUACCUCACCUUUACCGCUUGUCGUCGGAAUUUGGCUGGAGAUGUCGGGGCCAUCUGGCGCAUUCACGCAUUCCUAAGCCAGUGGGGUUUGAUCAACUACCAGGUGGACCCUGAGACCCGACCUGCAUCAUUGGCACCCCCAUUCACAGGUCACUACCGUGUAAUUCUCGACACGCCACGCGGCUUGCAACCUCUUCAUCCUGGCUCGGCACCUCCAAAGCUUAACGUUGCUCCCGCCAUGCCGCAUACACCUGCAAUCGGUGCACCUGAGACACCCGCCAAGCUGGCGUCGGCCAAUUUUGAACUGCGCCAGUCCAUCUAUCAGACCGGUGUAAAGGGAGCGAAGGAGGUUUCCGCCACCGACGCUGCAGAGUUGGAGAAGGAGAUCAGUUCAGGUGGGGCUGUUAACAAGCCUACAUACGCUUGCGACACAUGCGGCGUGGACUGCACACGGGAGCGGUACCAUUCUCUCAAGGUGCCACAUUUCUCGCUAUGCCCUUCCUGCUAUCUCGAUGGCCGCUUCCCAAGCACGAUGUACUCUGGCGAUUUUGUGCGGAUUACACAAUCACCGUUCGCACAUGCUUCGGGAGAGGAAUGGACAGACGAGGAAGUCCUGCUACUGCUCGAAGGCAUCGAAAUGCACGAUGAUGAUUGGGCUGCCAUCUCUGAGCAUGUGGGUACCCGGACUCGGGAACAAUGUGUUCAGAAGUUCUUGCAACUACCGAUCGAAGAUCCGUAUAUCGAGGCGGAAGCUGACGUUGGCCCGCUCAAGUACUCUCGCAUCCCCUUCGAGAAGGUCGAUAACCCUGUCAUGAGCGUAGUUGCAUUCCUGGCUGCUAAUGUCAGCCCGCCAGUCGCUGCGGAGGCUGCUGGCGCAGCACUGGGGGAGUUGACCGAGGGGCUGAGGAAGAGCCUGAAGAAGCCACCGAAGGAAGGCGCAGAGGAAGGCGCAGAACCCGCCGUUACUGAAAAGACGCCUGCGCCCGCAGAAGGCGAGGCCUCCGAGGAUCAUCAGAUGGCAGAUGCAGAGCAAGUCACGAAAGAAGAAGAGCGUACUCCCGCGCCCGUGCAGGCUGCAAACGAAGAAGAGACCAUUGAGGUGGACAAACCCGCGGAGGAAUCCGAAGCGCCUGCCGUUAAUGGCACAGAGCAACCCAAGCCAGGUGUGCCGCAAUCUGCUGUCCGCAGGGCCGCAGAUCUGGCGCUCAAGGCUGCGGCGGCACGCGCGUCAAGCCUCGCAACACACGAAGACACAGUCAUGCAAUCGCUCGUGACUCGUGUCGUCAAAGCGCAGCUAACCAAGCUGGAGAUCAAGAUGACCGGGUUUGAGCAGCUGGAAGAGCUGCUCGAGUCUGAACGGCGCACGCUGGAAGAACAACGGAUCGGUCUGGAACGGGAUAGGGAAAGCCUGCGCAAACAAGCUGAGAAGCUGGGUGAUCGGGCAAAGGAGCUCGGCGUAGACCUGGAACAACUGGGUGGGAAGACGCUGGCCCAGGAACUUGCAGCGCAUGUCGAGGAGCCGAUGCUUCCUGCUGGACAGUCUGCGCCGAUGCUGACUGCGCUCUGAAGGACGGUUUGUACAUAGUUCUUAGCCCGGCCGUCUUCCUGUCUUAGUUUGCUACACGUUAAUGUAUUACUGUAUGACGCGC